UUCAGACGGCUGUGGUUCUGUGGGUCCCUACAUUUUUUUUGCCGGGAGAUCAAGCAAAGCUUCGUUAAUGGUUUUUGCAAAAAUGGCGUCCAUCCAACGAUCCCCAAGGAGCCCCCUGCUGUCGCAUCGCCAUCCAAUUCCAUUGUUUUCCUGAGAAAAUUUCUUCGCCUGGUGCGUCAUCGGAGGAGAAACAACACUCGAGUUACAUUUCGCACAAUAUUAACAGAGGACGCAGCGCAGCUCCUGUUUUGGUUAAUCCGCCAUGUUUUCCAAAUUCUUUCACAAACCUGAGAAUCCGCAAUCUCCAUCGUCGUCGACUUCUGCUCAGAAGGGAGUACUGAUUGCAACUGAUUUGGACCCACGUGUCACUCUUCACUAUGGGAUCCCGCCUACGGCAUCAAUUCUUGCUUUUGACCCCAUACAAAGUCUUUUAGCAGUAGGAACACUGGAUGGUCGAAUAAAAGUGCUUGGUGGUGACAAGAUUGAAGCAAUUUUUACUUCGCCUAAACCAUUGCCAUUUAAAAAUUUGGAGUUCUUACACAAUCAAGGUUUUCUAGUGAGCAUAUCAAAUGAUAAUGAAAUCCAGGUUUGGGAUCUGGAGCAUAGACAUUUAGCUUCUACUCUACAAUGGGGGUCCAAUAUAACUGCCUUCUCUGUACUAUACGGAACCUGUUACAUGUACGUGGGAAGUGAAUAUGCUAUGGUGGCUGUCUUAAGGUUUGAUUCUGAAGAAAGAAAAAUCAGACAAUUACCCUAUUAUAUUACUGCAAAUGUCAUAUCUGAUGUAACUGGGGUGGAACUACCUGAUCAAACUUUUGCAGUUGGAGUUCUCCUUCAACCUUGUUCUCAUGGAAAUAGAGUGCUGAUUGCUUAUGAGAAUGGCUUGCUUGUUCUCUGGGAUGCUUCUGAAGACCGAGCUGUUUUAGUUAGAGGUCAUAAGGACCUUGAAUUGACAGACAGUAACACGACUAAUCACUCAACAGAUAAAAGGAAUGAAUUUCCAACAGAUGCAUCAGACCUUGAAUUGGAUAAAGAAAUAAGCUCCAUUUGUUGGGUUACUAGUGAUGGGUCAAUCCUUGCUGUUGGCUACGUUGAUGGAGAUAUCUUGUUUUGGAAUUUUUCAAAUGUUACCUCUUCCAAAGACCAGCAAGUAAAUCAAUCUCGUAAUAAUGUUGUCAAGCUGCAGUUAUCAUCAGGCAGUAGAAGACUACCUGUUAUCAUUUUGCGUUGGUCUCCAAGUGAAUUGCAAAAUCACAGGGGGAUGCUUUUUGUAUAUGGGGGUGAUGAAAUUGGAUCUCCAGAAGUUCUUACCAUCCUAAGCCUUGAUUGGUCUUCUGGAAUAAAAAGCUUGAAAUGCCUAGGACGUGUUGACCUUACACUCAAUGGUUCUUUUGCGGAUAUGGUUUUAUCACCUAAUGUUGGUGAAACGAAGAGAGGCACUUCCUUAUUUGUACUGGCAAAUCCAGGACAGUUACAUGCUUAUGAUAAUGCUUAUUUGUCAGGCUCAAUGUCUCAGCAGGAGAAAAUAUCCUCUGAUUCUGCAAUGCAAUAUCCUAUGGUAAUACCCAAUAUUGAACCACGUGUGACUGUGGCAAAGUUAGGUUCCUUAUACACGGAGGGCAAGGUCUUCAAGGCUCUAGAUGAGGUUACAGGGGAUACAAUUUGGCCUUUGACUGGUGGUAUACCAUGUCUACUCCGUGAUGCUGGAGACUAUCAGGUUGAGAGAGUUUAUAUAGCUGGUUACCAAGAUGGCUCCAUUCGGAUAUGGGAUGCAACGUAUCCAUCCUUCUCACUUAUUCUCUAUUUAGAGCCAGAGGUAAUAGGUUUAAAUAUUUCUGGUUUAAGUGCAUCAAUAUCAGCUUUGGACUUUUGUUCCGUCACUCUAACCAUAGCAGUGGGCAAUGAAUGUGGUCUGGUUCGUCUUUAUAAACUAGUUGGGAGCUUGGAAGCGGAAAGUUUUCACUUUGUGACAGAGACUAAAAAUGAAGUUCAUAAAAUGCACGAAGGAGAAGGGAUCCAAUGUGCUGCUGUAUUUUCUCUAGUAAAUUCUUCUGUCAGUACUCUAAGUUUUAAGAGCUCUGGAGCCAUACUUGCUAUCGGAUUUGACUGUGGACAGGUUGCAGUGAUUGAUACUAAUGCAUUAUCACUGCUAUAUCUUACAAAUGAUGUAUCCAACUCAAGAUCUCCAGUCAUCUCUCUGACUACCAAAUCAUUUUCAGAUACAAAUGAAUUGGAGGCUAGUUCCAAGGAGUCUGUAGCUAAAACUGUUAAUCCUUCCAGAGAGGGAAUUGUGCUCGUAAUGACCAAGAAAUCAGAUUUAGUUGUCCUCGAUAGUACUACUGGUGAAAUCAUCGGCUCCCAAUCAACAUAUGCAAAGGAGUCGACUGCAAUAUCCAUGUAUAUCAUUGAGGGUGAUUACUUGUCACCUGAAGUAUCCAGUGGAACUCAUUCACAGAGCACUCCGAAGAAAAGUGAAGAAAAAAGCAAUUCUUUACCUGCCUAUGCCCACUCUGGAAGUACAUUGAAAGAUGCCGAAGCCGAGACCUCAAGUGGAAUUGCAAUUUUAGAACCAACAAUUGCCAACUUGUUCAUCUUGCUUUGCUGUGAGACUGCAUUAUACCUGCACUCCUUGAAGACAAUGAUUGAGGGUGAGAAUAAGUUUCUACAGAAAGUGAAUCUUACAAAACCAUGUUGUUGGACUACAAUGUUAAAGAAGGGCAGUAAAGUGUCUGGCUUGGUUGUUCUUUACCAAAAUGGUACAAUUGAGAUCAGAUCCUUCCAAAAUCUUGAGCAAGUGUUGUGGGAAAGUUCCCUGACGUCAAUUCUACGGUGGAACUUCAAGACAAACAUGGACAAAACAAUCUGUUCUUCUGAUGAUGGGCAAAUCAUGCUGUUAAAUGGGACUGAGUUUGCAGUUGUUUCUCUAUUGAUCUACGAAAAUGUUUUCAGAAUUCCUGAGUCUUUGCCUUGCCUCCACGAUAAAGUCCUUGCAGCUGCUACAGAGGCCUCGGAUAACUAUCAUCCAAGCCAGAACAAACAACAGGAUGUUGCUGCUUCUGGAAUUUUAGAUAGUGUUAUUAAGGGCUUUAGGGGUGGUAGAGUUGAAAACCAUGUGGACCCUCUUGGCCUUUGUAAACUGGAUGAUUAUCAUCUGGAGAGCUUGUUUUCAUAUCCUCCAUUCUUAAAGCCCUCCAAAGGCAUGACUGAUGAGCAAGAUGUUAUCGAGCUUGAUAUAGAUGACAUUAACAUUGAUGAACCUGUUGUAGUUUUGCCAAUUUCACCGAAGCCAAUUAAGAACGAAAAGGAAGGCAAGAAGUCGGAGAAGGAAAGUUUAUUUGAAGGUGCAAGUACUGACUCAAAACCUAAAAUGAGAACAGCAGAAGAAAUUAAGGCCAAAUACAGAAAAGUUGGGGAUGCUUCUGCUGCAGCUGAAGAAGCAAGGAAUAAGCUAUUAGAACGCCAGCAGAAGCUUGAGAAACUCAGCGAACGAACUGAGGAACUGAAGAAUGGAGCUGAAAACUUUGCAGAUCUGGCCAAGGAACUGGCUAAGAGAAUGGAAAAUCGUAAAUGGUGGCAACUGUGAGAGACAUAACAGGUAUUUGGACUUAUAAAGCAGAAUUAAAGUUACGUUUUCUGGGUAGAUAGGACCAUCAUCCUGGCAUUCUGUGUGUUGAUAAAUCUAUAAUCUGUCAAGGGGUUCACAAAAGUUCCAAAUUUUCAUUGGAAUUUGGACUCAUAGGUAUAUAUUAUGUUUUCAAGUCAAGUAUUUUUGUAAAUAGAACAUUUUACUCAACAGUGUCCAUUAUUUUUGUUGUGUAGAAACAUACAUGCAUUGCAUAGUCAUUUAUCUGAAAGGUAAACAUGUGAGAAAUUACAGGAUUGGGAGAAAAAUAAGAAAACAAAGAUGGUCUUUCUUCCCCUUCAGCUGGACAUAAAUGUAAAUAUCUUUCAGUUUGUAUGAAAUCGAAUCUGUAAAAUAUUUUCAGUGUUAAUGAAGAUCUAAAUUUUAUUUGACC